CCUGUCAGUGCCAGUCAGUGCCUCCUAUCAGUGCCACCUACCAGUGCCUCCUCAUCAGUGCCACCUAUCAGUAUCCAUCAGUGCAGCCUAUCAGUGCCCAUCACUGCAGCCUCAUUAGCGCACAUCAGUGAAGGAGAAAAAUCACUUAUUUACAAACUUUUAUAACAAAAACUAAGCAAAAAUGUUUUUUUUUCUUCAAAAAUUUCAGUUGUUUUUGGUUUAGCAAACAAUAAAAAACCCAGAAGUGAUUAA